GUGACGCCCAGGCCAAGACCAUCCAAGCCAUGCAGAAGCAGUUGGACGCCCUGCUCAAGGACAAGGAGAAGGACAACAAGCAGCAAGUUCAGUCUGCCCCUCCAGGCAGUGGCGGCGGCAGCGGCAACGGUGGCCCGUCCUUCAAGGAGGUCAUCAACUUCCUGCAGGCCAAGGGCAUCCAGGGCGAGCUGGUGGCCUCUGUCACAGCUGCGCAGCAGCGUGAAGUCGCCGAGCACCCGCCCUUCGUGGUCACGGCUCGCUGGAGGGUCGAGAACCUGCGGAAGAAGAACGAGAAGUUCGAGCAGCAGCUACGCAAGCUUCAAGAGCGUCGAGCUGCCCUCGAUGAGGAAGAGGCAGCCAUCAAGGCCUCUGUGGAGUCGCUUCGGCGAGACCUGUCACAAGCUGAAGGUGUCUAUGCCAAGGUGUCGGCCACUGACCUCGGGGACUUGGUCAAGAUCACCGAGGCCGCCUUGGACGAGUCGCUCCACGAAGACGCCGAGGUCAGGGCAGCCUUGGCCGUGCUGGACAAGCGCCAGAAGGAAGCG